AUGUAUGCUGAUGAAUGCAUUGCAAAGCAACUAAGAGUAUCGUAUGCUAGAAUGCUAAUAGAGGUGGAUGUGACAAAGCCUCUAAAGGAUGAAAUAAGAGUGGAAGAUUCAAAUGGGAAAACAUUUCUGCAAUCAGUAGUCUAUGACUGGAAACCAAAGUUCUGUGAGAAGUGUCAAACCAUUAGGCAUGAUUGCAAGCAGGAAAGGGGAAGACAGAUUCAAUUGACUACCCAGAAUGAACAGAGAAAGCCAAAGAAAGUAGUACAGCAGUGGGUUACAAAGGAGAAAGGGAAGACAAGAGAGAUUGAACAAGAAUCUGCCUCAGAGAAAGGACUGAUACAACAACAAGAUAGUAGAAGAAUAAUGGAAGUAGGACAAGGGUCAAUGGAAGCUGAUAAGCAAAAAGUAAUAAGCAACGAAGUACAAACACCAGGGAAUACAAGGAAAGAGGUGGAAAGUCAAAUCCCAGAGUUUAAUGACAUUGAGUUCCCAGUCCUGGGAUCAGUACCACUGAAGAAUGGAUUCCAAAUAUUGAGUAGAGAGGGGAAGGGUGCACAUACAGUACCUCCAGACAGAGGAGGGAUAGCUGGCAUAGUUGAAACAAGAGUAAAAGAGAGUAAAGCAGGAAGUAUAACUAAAAACAUAGCCAUAGGGUGGAGCAGUGUGAAUAAUUAUGCAUCAGCCAAGAAUGGAAGGAUCUGGGUAAUGUGGGAUGAUAAUAAUUACCAGGUUACUAAGAUCAAGGAAAAUGCUCAAAUGAUACACUGUGAAGUCAUAGAGAAUGCUGGUCAGGUGGAAUGUUUGAUGACUAUCAUAUAUGGUUUCAACCCAAUUGAGCAAAGGAAAAACUUAUGGGAAGAACUGAAGACACUAGCUCAAGAUACGAAUCAAGGCAAUCUAGUUCAACGGGGUGAUGUACAAGACUUUGUAGAAUGCAUGCAGACAGCCAACCUAAAUGAACUGUUGUGGAAGGGAGAUUACUAUACAUGGAGUAACAAGCAAAGAAUGGAAGAUAGAAUACAAAGUAGAAUUGACAAAGCCUUUGGAAAUUAUGAAUGGAUGAUGAAAUGGGGUAAUGUAACAGUGGAAUAUGAGAUGCCUGGGAUUUCAGAUCAUGCACCAAUGCUACUGAAUCUGGGAGUGGACCAAGCUAACACUAGGAGUCCUUUUAGAUUCUUUAAUGUUUGGGUAGAUCACAAAGAUUUUACACAGCUAGUAGAAGAAGCUUGGCAACAGUAUCAGGAUCCUUGGCUAAUGAGAGGAAUAUGGAGAAAGUUGAAAAGGCUCAGAAUUACAUUGAAGACACUGAACAACAGAGAAUUUAGGAAUGCUGAGCAAAAAAUGGAAGAUGCAAGAGAAGAAAUAAAGAAAAUACAAAGUCAAAUGCAACAAAAGUUUGAUGAUGUAUUGCAAGCUCAAGAGAGAGAUGAACUGCAGAAAUUAGAGAAAUGGUCAAUGAUAGAAGAAAGCAUUAUGAAGCAGAAAUCUAGGGAUAAAUGGAAAAAACUAGGAGAUGCAAAUACCAAAUACUUCUCAGCAGUAAUGAAAGAAUGA